GUAAAUUCUACAUUCUACCGAUUCCACUGACGCUUCAUCAUCUUCCUUAUGGAGCUGUCUUCUUUCAAUGGACUUGGCUUAUCGAUUGAACGAUCACUCCAAGUUGGGGCAAGCUUUCCGAAAGAUUUUUCAACCAGCUACUUAUUUGCUUAUCGGGAGCAUCGUAAAAAUCGCGUUGCUCCGUCACCGCCUGAAAAUCAUCAACAGGGAUGUGCUGAUCAGCGCCUGGAAAGACCGGCCACCUGGAACCCCUCUGAUCACGGUGUCUAAUCAUCAUUCCUGUCUAGAUGACUUUAUCUUGUUUGGUUCACUUUUCUCGCUUACUGAUUUAACUAAAGGUAUUCCGAUUUGGAGAACUGUACGUGACCUCAGAUCACGCAAGUUGAUCCAUAAGGGUGGUGGCGUGGAUCAACCCAGCAUGAAUUUUACGCUUCAAGUUCUUAACCAAGGCGGUUGGGUUCAUAUCUUUCCACAAGGGCGUAUUAUUCACCCAUUUGAAUUCGAUCGUGAGUCGAAUUUUCGUUUGAAGUGGGGCGUCGGACGUUUACUCGCUGAGUCCAACGUGUUACCGUUGGUUCUUCCCAUUUGGCAUUGUGGUCUGGAGCUUUUGAACCCCUCCGAAACGUUUAGUACUUUUGAGACGUUGCGUCGUAUCAUUGGCAAGCCACGGACCCUAACGAUUGCCGUGGAAUAUCGCAACCACCAGCGUUCUGAAGCGGAAACUCGCCGUGAAGUGCAUUCACUUCUCACAGCGUUGGUGCAAGCAGCCCUGUAUUCGUUGAAAUCAACCACUGAAUUGGAACAUCAACACCAUUUUCACGGUCCAGAUGCGUGAUGCUGCUCACAUCAUGUUGGAGUCUGGUCGUCUCAAAAUUUUAUUUUUUC